CACAACUUCGAAGGUUGGAACUUUGAAUAGCAAGGAUCCUUGAAUACUACCUAGGUAUACUACCUACAGUACCUGUACAGCGCGUUCUAGCAGCGCGCCCACAUUCCCAAGCGCUGACGCACCCGCAACCUUGGCAAGGACCCUCAGCGGACCCUCACCUUCUCUCGCUCGGUACUUGCACAGCUACCUAAUUCCGAUAGUGUGCAAGGUCCCAUGACGACAAUCGGCGCUCUAUCCUUCGUUCUUCCUUGCCCAGUCUCACCAGCGGUGUUGUUGAUGGAAGAAUUCCCGUCUCGAGGAUAUCCUCCCACAUUCCAGAACACCAAUACCAGGUCCUGGACACGCACUUCCGCUCGUUUUUUUGGCUUUGCCGCAGCGAUCCGGUGCAAGGGGGAACGUAUCUCUACCUACCACUACACAGUAACUAGUACAUGGUGCCCCUCCCUUUUGUGGCGGGAAGUCUUUAUCUUGAGUCCUUAUAGCUUAUAGUAGGUAUGUUGGCACAAUGUAGGCCGAGCUUUGGCCGCCUACACCACUGUUUUGCGGCUGGCCAAGGGCGUUCCCGUUGGUUGACAUCAAGAUCCACGCUGCCACGCGAUACCACCACCACCACCACCACCACCAUUCCUGUUACAACCUUUACCCGGCUCCCUCACCACAAGGGUCGCCCAAACCACCAAGGUUCCGGUCUGAGGACACAUUGCCCGCAUCUGCCUGUACAAUCCCGCCGUGUCCUGCGGACCUCGUGCAUUCCAUCCCCAGCAAUACCUUCAGCGACCUCGUCGCCUUUGUCACCUUCGCUCCCUCCCUCUCCAAUUCACGUCUACUCACGCUCCCUCCUCGGCUCUUUGCCUGCCAUGACCUCCAUCACCCAAACUAGAACACACAGUGGUCAUAAUCACGGCCAUGGGGGACAUCACCAUCACCAUCAUGACAAUGUCUACCUAACCUCACAGAACAAAAAUGAUGCAGGCGUGCGUAUCACUAGAAUUGGCCUCUAUUCCAAUCUGGGCAUGGCGAUAGCCAAGGGAGUUGGUGGUUAUGCGUUCAAUUCGCAGGCAAUGGUCGCCGACGCUGUUCAUAGCGCUACAGAUCUUGCUUCCGAUAUACUCACACUUGCCACCCUAUCCUGGAGUCUCAAACCGCCGACUGACCGAUUCCCCACUGGUUUUGGCAAGAUUGAGAGCUUAGGUUCGUUGGGUGUGUCUGGUAUGCUCUUAUUUGGUGGUCUCUGGAUGGGAUACAGCAGCCUCUUGACUCUCUAUGGUCAGUUCUUCCUAGACCCUGCAGCAGCUGCAGAAUUGGCUUCACAUGCACAUGGCCAUAGCCAUAGCCAUAGUCAUGAUCACGGCGCUGCUCUACCCAGUCUCCAUGCUGCAUGGCUUGCUGCAGGCACAGUGGCUAUCAAAGAGUGGCUUUUUCAUGCGACCAUGAAAGUUUCUCGAGAACGAAAGUCAUCCGUCCUUGCCUCUAACGCCGUCCAUCACCGGAUAGAUAGUCUCACCGGUAUUGUCACGUUGGCAGUGAUCCUUGGUGCCAAUGUAUUCACAAAUGCAGCCUGGUUGGACCCUGUUGGUGGCCUGAUGAUAUCUCUGAUGGUGGUCAAAGCUGGCGCAGCAAAUACCCUUGACGCCCUCUUCGAGCUUGCCGACCGAAGCAUUGACGAUGAAGUCAAAUCAUCCGUUCGAAAACAGGCUCAAAAGGCCAUGAUUGACAUUAGUGAAGGGCAUCAAAUUGAACUACGCGAUGUUUCAGGCAUCAAAUCAGGGCAGAACUAUCUUGUAGACCUCGAGGUUGCUGUUCCAGGCUCUUGGACAAUUGAAGGCUUGAAGAAGGCCGAGGACAUCAUCAGAACCAGAGUUGGUGGUAAAGUGCGAGGUGUUCGCAAAGUUCGUGUUCGCUUUGUAUCCAAGGAAGCAACAGUAACCCCGAAAUUCGACGAAUUCAUCCCAGGCGAUGUCAGCCCUAGGUCUAGCCCUGAGCCAGAUGCAGAAGAUGAUCACAACAACAACAACAAUAACAAUAACACAAUACACGAAAAGUCUAAAUAGACGAGCAGGCCGGUCUAUAGCCAGCGAUGAAUAAAAGGGCGUUGGGGGCGUUGGGGGCAUUUGGGUUUUAUUUGCAGCAUGCUUAAAGCAGCCCAAAAGAUACCAAUCCGUGAAAUUCGAAAGGAUGCAACUGAGGUUUCUUGAACGAGGAGGUUGGAUGUACCAUAAUCAAAGAAUGCAUUAGAUGGCGUUUCAUCCUGCAGAGAUGGAAGCAGCCUUGGCCUUAAGCUGGGGGUCUUCCAUGAUGCUUCUGUUAUAUCACUACAUGAGUAGAAUGACCUCCCAGAACAGUUUCGUCCUACCCCUGUAAAAUUGUUUGUACAACGUCAUUAUCAUUUGCAUGGCCCCAAAAUACUGCUCAUCUGUGCCGUUUCACUGGGAGCAGAAGCUCCAGGAUCCAAUGAUUGGCGUGGAUGACGUUUAGGCUAAAUGCCACGCAGCUAGUUGCCAGGGGAAUUGCCCCGCGAGCCUGGGUCAGCUAAGCUUCGAGGAUCGUGGGGUUAUCAACGUCAAGAGCACACCAAGCGCUGAGUUCCCCAUUC